AGGUUCCUCCUGCUCCUCCUUUGUUUCCUUCCUUGCCCAGUGCAUGCAUCCUUUUUCCGGGUAGGGAUUGUGGGGCCAUGGGGGUGCGACCCUCUCUUUGCAAAGGCUCUUCCUAAUGUGGCAGCACAACUCGCCGUAAACCGCAUCAACAAGGACCGCUCCCUGUCCUACGCUGCCACCUUCGACUUCACCGUGCUGCAGGAGCCAUGUGAGACAUCAAAGGCGUUGGAAAAGUUCCUGGGUUUCCACACUAAGGCUUCAGCGUAUAUUGGACCAUCAAAUCCAGGAUACUGUGAUGCUGCUUCGAUGCUGAGCAAAGGCUGGAACAAAGCCUUGUUCUCUUGGGGUUGUGUUGGAUACGAACUGGACGAUGUUCGGAGCCACCCAACGUUUUCCCGCUCGAUGCCGAGGCCCAGCUGGGUUCUGCUCAGCGUCUUCAACUACUUCAGGUGGGCCAACGUCGCCAUCAUCGCUUCCUCAGAGGACAUCUGGGUGGAGACGGCCAUCAAGGUAUCUGAUUCCUUGGGGAGUCACGGUUUUCCGGUUAGGUUGGUCAGUAUUUUGGAAAACACGCCUCACAGCAUCCGACGAACUCUGAGCAAGCUUAGAAAGAUGAGAGAAAUUCGAGUUGUGGUCCUCUGCAUGCACUCUGCUCUGAUGGGCGGUGGCGUCCAGAAGCAGCUCCUGGAGACGGCCUUUGACCUCCAGCUGACCGACGGCUCGCUAGUGUUUGUUCCCUACGACACCCUGCUCUACAGCCUGCCGUACAGAAACAUCACCUACCCCGCUCUGAGGAGGAACAGCAAACUACUGAGGGCCUACGACGCUGUGCUGACCAUCACCAUCAACUCUCAGCAGGGGUCUUUCUACGAGGCGUACAGGGAGGCAAUGGAGAGAGGAGAGGUGGCGAAGACGCUGAAACCUGAACAGGUUUCUCCUCUGUUCGGCACCGUGUACAGCUCCGUCCUCUUCGUGGCUCACGCAGUGCAUCGUGUUCGGGAAUCUGGAGUCUGGAUGUCAGGAAGAAACCUGGCAACACACACCCGAAACCUGGACUUCCAGGGCUUCAGUCAUCCGAUAAAAACCGAUGCGUCCGGAGCAGUUCUGCUGGAAUACGUCAUCCUGGAUACUGACGGACUAUCCUGGGAAUUAAAGCCUACGUACAGCAUCGACAUGGAGGCCGGUAUGGUGCGUUUCCUGGGUCGAGAAAUCCACUUUCCUCGAGGAUACAGACCCAGAAAAGACGCCUCGUGCUGGUUUACUCCUGGAGUCAUCUGCUCUGGAGGCGUGGAUCUGUUCCCGACCAUCGACAUGUUUUUGGGAAUGAUGGCCGCCUCUGUGUUUGGAGUGGCUUUAAUUUACUGCAUCAGGCGACGCCUCAACCAGAUCCGAUUGGUUAAAGGUCCGAACAGGAUUCUGCUGACUCAGGCUGACGUCACAUUCAUCAACCCGUCACUAAGCACCAAGAAGCUGAGUCAGGACGACAGCAAGGCGAGUCUCAUGAGGAGCAACUCGCCCGUCUCCUCCCAAACACCGGCCACCUACGAGAACUCCAACAUCGUCAUUUUCCAGGGUGACUGGGCCUGGCUGAAGAGACUUCCUGAUGGUUCCUUCAGCCGCAUCAACCCCAAAACCAGUUAUGUGUUUGAACUGAUGAGGGACAUGCGUCAUGAAAACGUGAAUACGUUCCUGGGAUACUUCCACGAUUGCGGCGUCUUCGCCAUCGUGACAGAGUUUUGCUCCAGAGGAAGUUUGGAGGACCUGCUGUUCAACGAAGACGUGAAACUGGACUGGAUGUUCAAGUCCUCGCUGCUGCUGGAUCUCAUUAAAGGUAUGAAGUACCUCCAUCAUCGGGGGGUGUCUCACUCUCGUCUGAAGUCUCGUAACUGUGUGGUGGACGGACGGUUCUUACUAAAAGUCACAGACUUCGGUUACAGGGAAGUUCUGGAGGCUCAGAGGUUCCCCUACACAGAACAACCUGCAGAGGAGCUGCUGUGGACGGCUCCAGAGAUCCUGAGGAGCGCUCAGCCGGCGCUCAAUGGGACUCCAUCAGGAGACGUGUACAGUUUCGCCAUCAUCAUGCAGGAGGUGGUGGUCCGAGGACCCCCGUACUGCAUGAUGGACCUGCCCGCCACAGAGAUAUUAGAGAAGCUGCGUAACCCCCCUCCUCUGUUUCGCCCGGUGGUCAGUCCAGAUUACGCUCCGUUAGAGUGCAUCCAGCUGAUGAAGCAGUGCUGGAAGGAACAGCCAAUCAACAGACUGGGAUUUGAGGAGAUCUUCGACCAGUUUAAGAACAUCAACAAGGGGAAGAAGACGAACAUCAUCGACUCGAUGCUGCGGAUGUUGGAGCAGUACUCCUCGAACCUGGAGGAGCUGAUCCGAGAGAGGACGGAGGAACUGGAGAUCGAGAAGCAGAAGACGGAGAAGCUGCUCACCCAGAUGCUUCCUCCGUCUGUGGCUGAGGUUUUGAAGGUUGGAGGCACAGUGGAGCCGGAGCACUUUGACAAAGUGACGCUUUACUUCAGCGACAUCGUGGGCUUCACCACCAUCUCCGCCAACAGCGAGCCCAUCGAGGUGGUGGACCUGCUCAACGACCUCUACACAGUGUUUGACGCCAUCAUAGGAAACCACGACGUCUACAAGGUGGAGACUAUCGGCGAUGCGUACAUGGUGGCGUCGGGACUUCCUGUCCGUAACGACGACCGCCACGCAGCAGAGAUCGCCAACAUGGCGCUGGACAUCCUGAGUGCCGUGGGAACUUUCAAAAUGAGACACAUGCCCGACGUUCCUGUCAGGAUCCGGAUAGGACUGCACACAGGUCCCUGUGUAGCAGGGGUUGUGGGUCUCACUAUGCCUCGCUACUGUCUGUUUGGAGACACCGUCACCACUGCGUCUCGUAUGGAGUCCACAGGGCUGCCCUACAGGAUCCACAUCCACCAGAGCACAGCCAAGGUGCUGCGGGAUUUAGAUGUCGGCUACAAGAUCGAAUUGAGAGGAAAGAGUGAAAUAAAGGGUAAAGGAGUCGAGGAGACGUACUGGCUCGUAGGGAAAGAAGGAUUCAACAAACCUCUACCUGUUCCUCCAGAGGUCAAGAGCAGGGAAAUGGCCCAGAGUCUGCAGAUGGCUGAAAUCGCUCUGAACAAGAAACGGAAAGCCGAGAAACUAAAACAGGAACAGCUGGCAAAGAAGAAAUAA